UCCAAGCUUCUACCCCACACUAUCUAGCUAGCUCGGCAGAGAGCAUCAGCACGCUCACCAUCUUCGUCCUGCUCCCAACCACCAGCUCCCAAAUCUCCUCUCUUCCAUCCAAGAAGCCACUCGCAGACAGAUAAACGCCGCGCAGAUUUAUCCAGGCCCGCCGAUGGCCGCCCGCGCGGCGCUCCUGGCCGUCGUCUUGGCGCUGUCAUGCGCCGCCGUGACCGAGGCGGCCGUGGGGGUGAACUGGGGCACGCUGUCGUCGCACCGCGCGCCGCCGCAGGUGGUGGUGGACCUCCUGCGGGAGAACCGGAUCGGGAAGGUCAAGCUCUUCGACGCCGACGCCGGCGUGCUCCGCGCGCUGGCGCGCAGCGGCAUCCAGGUCAUGGUCGGACUCACCAACGGAGAGCUCGCCAGCGUCGCGGGGUCGCCGGCCGCCGCCGACGCGUGGGUCUCGCAGAACGUGUCGCAGUACGUCGGCCGCGGUGGCGUCGACAUCCGAUAUAUUGCUGUGGGAAAUGAACCAUUUCUGACAAGCUACCAGGGUCAAUUCCAGUCAUACAUUAUUCCAGCGAUGACCAACAUUCAGCAAUCAUUGGUGAAGGCUAAUCUUGCUAGCUACGUGAAGCUAGUAGUCCCAUGCAACGCUGACGCCUAUGAGGGUUCUGUUCCAUCCCAAGGAGCAUUCAGGACUGAACUGACUCAGAUAAUGACCCAGAUUGCCAGUUAUCUCAGUUCCAACGGAGCUCCGUUCGUCGUCAAUAUCUACCCUUUCCUCAGUCUUUACCAGAACUCUGACUUUCCACAAGAUUAUGCCUUCUUUGAAGGAUCAACUCAUCCACUGGUAGAUGGCGCAAACGUGUACUACAAUGCUUUCGAUGGCAACUUCGACACACUAAUUUCUGCUUUGAGUAAAAUCGGCUAUGGGCAACUACCCAUUGCAAUUGGUGAGGUGGGUUGGCCAACUCAGGGAGCACCAAGCGCAAACUUGACUGCGGCAAGGGCAUUCAACCAAGGACUCAUCAAUCGUAUUAUGAGCAACAAAGGAACUCCACUCCGUCCUGGUGUACCUCCAGCCGAUGUCUAUCUUUUCGGCCUUCUUGACGAGGAGGAGAAGAGCGUACUACCUGGAAACUUCGAGCGGCACUGGGGGAUCUUCUCAUUUGAUGGACAGGCCAAGUACCCAUUGAAUCUCGGGCUAGGCAAUCCAGUGCUGAAGAAUGCUAAAGAGGUUCCGUAUCUCCCAUCCAGAUGGUGCAUCGCAAACCCCGCUCGGAGCCUCGAAGAGGCAUCGAAUCACUUAAAGCUGGCCUGCGACUCCGCGGACUGCACCACUCUCUACUACGGAGGGUCGUGCUAUGGCAUUGGGCAGAAGGAAAAUGUUUCCUUUGCUUUCAACAGCUAUUACCAGAGGCAGAAACAGGAUCCGAAGAGCUGUGACUUCGAUGGGCAUGGGAUGAUCACCUACCUUGAUCCAUCCGUUGGUGAAUGCCGCUUUCUUGUCGCCAUCGAUGAUAGUAAGAGCUCUGCAGUUGCAUCUUGUGGAGGAGGUUGCUGUGGGGUCUUCUGUGGGGUGUCGAUUUUAACUUUGUGGGUGUUGAUGUACCUUAGAAUGAUGGGCUCUGCCUGAAGUUGAAACUGGUGUGUUGAGUGGGGCACGGUAAGGGUGCCUUUGUGAAAUAGCCUGUAUUUGUGACUUCUAGAUGAUCAGAUUUAGGUGAGGACGGUCUUAGAUUAUUGUGAGAUUAGACAAUGAAAAACCCUAGUAAUUUAUGUCAAGAUUAAUUUAUUAAUGAAAUGUCUAUGUGCAAAGUAA